AGAGCACAUACAUCCAGAAGUAAACAACAUGAAGCUACAGUUGGCCCUCGUACUAUGUGGAUUGACUCUGGCCUUGGGCCAGAUUGUUCCCCGCAGCUCCUGGUGUCCUGUGCCCAUCUCGCCGCGAAUUCCCAGGCUCAUGGUGCCGGUGCGACUGAUUAUCAUCCAUCAUACAGUCACGGCUCCUUGCUUCAAUCCGCAUCAGUGCCAGUUGGUACUUAGGCAAAUUCGAGCCGAUCAUAUGCGCAGGAAGUUCAGGGAUAUUGGUUAUAACUUCCUCAUCGGCGGAGAUGGUAGGAUCUACGAGGGCUUGGGUUUCGGCAUCCGUGGUGAGCAUGCUCCCCGCUAUAACAGCCAGUCCAUUGGCAUCGCUUUCAUUGGCAACUUCCAGACUGGACUACCUCCUUCGCAGAUGCUCCUGGCUGUCCGAACCCUCAUCCAAAUCGCCGUGCAGCGUCGCCAGGUUUUGCCCAACUAUUCCCUGGUGGGUCAUUGCCAAACAAAGGCCACAGCUUGUCCGGGAAGACAUCUUCUGAACGAGCUCAAAAAGUGGCCACGUUGGCAGCCAAAGCCUUAG